UGAGCUCCCGUCUUAUCGCGACGACCUCCGCUCUCUCCCUUUCUCUCUCUCUCUCUCAAAACGAAACCCUAAAAGCCUCUCUCUCCUCCCUAUUUGCCUCCAGAUCUCACCUCUCUCCCUAUAAAAACUCCUCUUUUUGAAAUCUCUCCCCUAUAAAUCCACUUUUUCCACACUUCCUGCUCAACUUUCAUCGGUUUUGAUCCCGAUCGCCUCUGGAAUCGUCCAAUCCGAAGGGGAACUGGCGGAUUUGGUGUGGAAUUGGGAGAGUUAGAUCCGUCUCCUUCUUCGUUCCUCCCUGAGAUCCCCGGUGUUCUCUUCUUUUCAAUCGCCUCCGAAACCGCAUAAAUCUUGCAAUCCUGUGCUUAUCUUGACCAGAUUGGUUGAAAAAACCCCUUUUUGCCUCAAAAUAAUCGGUUUUUUUGGUUAAUGGAUAGGAAUCAGAUCGAGGAAACUAAGAUUUGAAGGUGUUGGAUAGAUUCUUGCGAUCAAGUGAGCUGAAAUCUUUGAGGAGUGUUGGUCCGCUUGGUCCUUUAAGAGGAAGAAUUUGAGGGGUGGAGCAUGGCUGAUCAGGUCGGGGAGGGGAGCCAGCCGGUUGAUCUCUCCAAACACCCUUCUGGCAUUGUUCCCACACUCCAAAAUAUUGUUUCAACUGUUAAUCUGGACUGCAAGUUGGACCUUAAAGCAAUAGCUCUGCAGGCCCGUAAUGCAGAGUACAAUCCCAAGCGUUUUGCUGCAGUAAUCAUGAGAAUAAGAGAACCCAAAACCACAGCAUUGAUAUUUGCAUCAGGAAAGAUGGUUUGUACAGGAGCUAAGAGUGAACAGCAAUCGAAACUUGCAGCAAGGAAGUAUGCUCGGAUCAUUCAGAAGCUGGGGUUUCCUGCUAAAUUCAAGGACUUCAAGAUUCAAAACAUUGUUGGUUCAUGUGAUGUCAAAUUUCCGAUAAGACUGGAAGGCCUUGCGUAUGCCCAUGGUGCUUUCUCCAGCUAUGAACCAGAGCUCUUUCCUGGUCUGAUCUAUCGGAUGAAACAACCAAAAAUUGUGCUACUCAUCUUUGUUUCAGGCAAAAUCGUUCUUACAGGAGCCAAGGUGAGAGAUGAGACAUAUACUGCCUUUGAGAACAUAUAUCCAGUCCUCACAGAAUUCAGGAAAAUCCAGCAAUGAUUCUCUCAAGAGGCUGAUGCUAAUAAGUGGUGCUCUCAACUGUAUAUAUUUUGAAACCAUCCAGACAAGUUUGUUUGUGAGAUCUGACAACCAUAUAUAUGUAUGCGAUACAGAUUUUGUGCCGUUGUAUGAGCACCUUGAGUCAUGUUCAAGGGUGCAGAGACUGGAGACCAAAAAAGCGAACAGCCCAUUACUUCAAUGUUCCAAAGGAAUCAUAAGGGCAGUAAUCAACUUUUUAUUUUGCCCUUUUUUUUGUUUUUUUUACAAAGUGUUCCUGUGUGAUUGGCAAGCUAUAAUCUAAUCUGCUCUGCUGUUCAUCUAUCUGUAAAUAUAUGUUGCCUCAAAAGAUAGAAGAGUCGCAAUCAAGUGACUGGCAGUCUUGUAAGCA